AUGAAACAACAGCCAGAGAGAGCAAAAGCCGCCAAUGCAAAGGACAAAGACCGAAAACCAGUUGACCCACCUCCAGUUCUGCAACUUGAUGUGGACCCGAAUCAAGAUCCGCUGCAGGUCUACAUCACCUCUCCGUACCUGUUUGUUCAAACAUUUCUCAUAGGUGCUUCCGAGUCCGACCCGGAUCCGGACUUGAAUGCACUCACCGGAAAUACUUGCACAAGUGGACACGUUGUCAAGGACGACCGGGGUGUGCAUAACAUGAUGUUUUGCUUGAAUGAUAUUUCUAUCAAAAAAGAGGGCACUUACAGAUUAAAGUUCUGUCUGUUCAAGCUCAAUACGACAACAGGAGAUGUCGAAAAUCUUACAUCUGUCUGUUCGGAACCAUUCACAACUUACAGUGGAAGACAUUUUCCAGGAAUGUCAGAAUCAACAUCAAUGACGAGGCUAUUGGUCGAUGCUGGGGUCCGUCUCCGUCUUCGGAAGGAAUCGAAGGCGAUGAGCACCAAAAAAAAGAACAACGCAUUCGCGCAUAUGAUGAGCCGCAGGGGCCGUGACGAUGACGAGGACAGGCCUGGAAAACGUCUGCGUUCCGAGGGUGGAGACGAGAAGCCAAUGAAUUACUCGAAACAUGGCAGUUUUUCCCAACCUCAUUCGUUUGCAACACAUUCGACCCCUUCCUCUUCGAUGGGACACUACCCAGGUGGAUUCCAUGCGGUCACUUCGUCUCCAGGCCAGAACAUUGCUCCGAUGAGUUCCAUGCCGACAGCUUACAACCAAGGGAUACAUUCGGCCUCACCAAUGCUGAGCCUUGAUACGCACGUGAAUCACUACCACAACAGUCCAACUUCGACCGGAUCGAGCUACCACUCUCCAGUACGACAGUCUCCAACAGCAGGAUACCAGCUCCAGGCGACGGUGGCGUCUUCGCAGGGUCUCGUGGCGACGAGUCCAUUGGCCCAGUACAGCAGUAGCCAUACGACGCAGCCUCCAAUACUACCACCAGUUGAUAUGAUGAACCCGCACGCCGGCUCCUCUCCCGACCUGAAUUAUACGACAUCGGCGAAUUACAGUGGAGGGUAUCUCCCUUCGGCGCAAUCGAGACAUCUGCCUUCAAUGCAACAGAGGUCGACAAGCUGGGGCUCGAGUAUGCCAAUGCGAAUGAACGCGCCGAUGAUGCAGAAUACACAGUCUUUACCAUCUGUGAGCGGACCAUACAGCGAGGGAAGCAUGUUCGAGCAGUACAAUUACGGGCCGAGGGAUGGCCAUUGA